UUGAGGUGAACUACGAACUUCAGUGGCCACAUCAGCAGUCUUAGGUCAACCCUUGUAUACCAGUGAUAUUCAUUGCAUAAUCGUUUUCGUUGGAGAAAUAAUAAUCAUGAACAGAACCAAGAUCUCUCCACAAAUAUUGGCGGCCGUAACAAGCUCUCUGAUCCUGGUAUCAGUCGGGUUUCACACCGGGUGGACAUCUCCAUCUUUGGCCAAACUGAGUGCCGAGGACUCGCACAUCGAGAUCACAUCUGACCAAGGGUCAUGGAUCGCUAGUUUUAUGUCGGUCGGUAGCAUCUUUGGUUCAAUCGUUGGCGUUCCGAUAGUGGACAGAUGGGGUAGAAAAAUGUCGCUUCUUCUGACGUCGGCGCCCUUGUUUAUCGCAUGUCUGCUGAUUGCUUUUGCAACGAAUUACUUGUGGCUAUAUGCCGCUCGGUUCAUCGCUGGUUUUGGCCUCGGGAUAAUCUUCACAGCUAUUCCUAUGUACAUGGGCGAGAUUGCCGAGGACAGGUUGCGCGGGGGUUUUGGAAUUCUGAUAACCGUCAUGCAGAAUACCGGCUCCCUCGUGCCGUACGCGAUUGGACCCUGGGUCAGCAUAACCACCCUAGCAGCAGCGGGAGCUGUUAUCCCGAUUCUGUACGUCGUGACUUUUGUCUGGAUACCCGAGUCUCCGUACUACUAUGCCAUAAAAAAUAGCCCGUUCAGAACCGAAAAGAGUUUGAUUUGGUUGAGAGGGACCUCCGACAUUCUCGAGGAAGCCAGAAAUAUUGAAAAAAACGUUUCCAUCGAGGGUAACAGCCUGGGAACCAUGCUGGAACUCUUCACGGUCAGGAGCAACCGAAAGGCUAUGGCUAUCGUCAUUGGGUUGCUGACUUUCCAACAGUUUUCUGGCCAAGCAGCAAUAUUGGCCUACUCAACCAUCAUCUUUGAUGAAGUUGAUUCCGGAAUCAGUUCCAGCAUCUCCGUCAUCAUAACGGGGGUCGUGCAACUUGUGUUUGGCGUUUUGGUCAUCUUUGUAACGGACAAAGCAGGGAGAAAACCAUUGCUGUGCACCUCCAUGGCUCUCUGCUCGGUUUUCUUAUUGGCUGAGGCCGUGUACUUUCAACUUCGAACGGUCGGUUCUGACCUCACGGGAGUUUCAUGGCUUCCGGUUGUAGCAAUGGUUGGCUAUUUAAUCGGCUACGCAAUUGGAUUAGGAACCGUUCCGAUGGCGAUGACCACAGAAAUUUUUCCGUGCGAGAUUAAGGCCUUCGCAAUCACUAUCGGUGCCAUCUACCUCUGUGUGGCGGGCAUCUGCGUUACAAAAUUCUACCAAGCCAUAAUGGAUUCUUAUGGUAUACACGUAGCGUUUUACGCUUUCGCAGCUUGGUCUGCUUUAGGUAUAAUUUUCACGGUGCUAGUGAUUCCUGAAACAAAAGGACGCUCGCUUAGAGAAAUUCAAGAUCAACUUCGUGGAUCAUCUAAAUCAGUCCGCCUCUAGAUCGUCUUUCUGACUCUCUCUCUCUCUCUCUUUUUGUCUGGUACGAACAGUUAAUAGGAGAGCUGUUUACACCGAUGGACUUCACGUCACUAUAUUAAUUCUACUUCAUGUAACAUAUUGAUUCCUUCCAAUUUCGAGGAAAUGAUAAAAGUGAUAUUGUGUCAUAUCGUGGUUUCAGAAAUGUUCAAUUCUUGCGAUAUUGUGAUUAUAUAAAUUCUCGCAGUAUUUCUGGUAAAUUUUAUGUUUUACCCAACUUUAUGAUACUCAAAUGAAUUCGCGAUGCGUGGUAUACGGUGUUGUGGAAAACGCACUGUGCCACAUCUAAAAAACCAUCUCAUAUAUCUUAAAUUUAGGAAAUAUGAAAGACUUUCUAUAAAUUAAGUUAAGUGACCUGCCAUGGUUCUGUAACUGACGGUAAUUGAUUAAGUAGCCGUACGUGUAUCGAAUAAAAUUUUUUUUAAAUAAGUCUUGCAUUAAACGUUG